UAUAUAGUGCGGCCGCGCAGGCUCACAGCCCCAGCACUUCUCUGAGCCGCGCUGGGGAGGAGGCAGCAGCCGCCGCCGCUCGUGGUCGCGCAGUUCGUGCAGCCGCCGCUGGGCCCACCGCCAUCACGCCAUGGCUGAUCAGCUGACUGAAGAACAGAUUGCUGAAUUCAAGGAAGCCUUUUCCCUAUUUGACAAAGAUGGUGAUGGUACUAUCACAACAAAAGAACUGGGAACUGUCAUGAGGUCAUUGGGUCAAAAUCCAACAGAAGCAGAGUUGCAGGAUAUGAUCAACGAGGUAGAUGCUGAUGGCAAUGGCACUAUCGACUUCCCUGAAUUUUUAACCAUGAUGGCCAGAAAAAUGAAGGACACAGACAGCGAGGAAGAAAUCCGUGAGGCAUUCCGAGUCUUUGACAAGGAUGGCAACGGCUAUAUCAGUGCAGCAGAACUACGUCAUGUUAUGACAAACUUAGGAGAAAAGCUAACAGAUGAAGAAGUAGAUGAAAUGAUCAGAGAAGCAGACAUUGAUGGGGAUGGGCAAGUCAACUAUGAAGAAUUCGUACAGAUGAUGACUGCAAAGUGAAGAGACCUCCUUUACACCUUUUUUCCUCUAGAAGAAUCAAAUUGAAUCUUUUACUUACCUCUUGCAAAAAAAAAAAUGUUCAUUUAUUCAUUCUGUUUCUGUAUAGCAAAACUGAAUGUCAAAAUACCUUCUGUCCACAAACUGCAUGUAAUGGUUGGUGGUCCUGUCCCCAAAAGAUAAAGUUAAACAUCAGUUUUACAAUAUAAAUAAUCGUACUACCUUGAAAAUAAUAAAAAAAGGAAGCACUUAGUGAACUCAAAAGUUCCAUUUGCUAAUAAUUAUUACACUGUUUGGGCUGGCCAGUUUUUCAUGCAUGCAGCUUGACAAUUGAGCACAGUCAGACAUUUGUAUUAAGGAAGGAAAAAAACCAAAACAAAACCAACCUAAAGGAUCCACUCUCUUGUUCAGUAGUGGAUUCUAGUUCAAUUUGUAGUAUAAAUUGUCAUAGCUGGUUUACUUUAAAAUUGGUUUAUACCUCAGGAUGGUAUGCAGCAAAAUGGUUGAAGGAUGCAAAACUUAGAGAAAAUGCCCUAAAGGUUGAAUGGUUCUCCUGUACGUAGCAGUGUGCUCCAAAAAUAGGAUGAUUUUAACUAUGGAUGGCAUGUCUGUUAAGAUAUGGUUUUAACAUUGUCUGCAUUGCACUAUAGUGAAACGGGUGUCGAGCUGUUACCGUUCACAAAAUUUUUAAGAAACCUUCACCAAGGGAGCAUCUUUGGACUCUCAUGUUUUUAAAACCUUCUGUACCAUGACUUGGAGCUGGCGGAGUAGCCUGUGGACUUCAGCACAACUAUCAACAUUGCUGUUCAAGAUAUUACAAUUUAUGUCCAUUCCAAGUUGUAAAUGCUAGUCUUUUUUUCCAAUAAAAGACCAUUAACUUAAAGGUGGUGUUAAAUGCUUUGUAAAGCUAAAAUAUAUAUAUAAUUGAGAAACUAAACCAAAAAAGCAGUAGGAGGGAAGUGUUUCUAUGAAUGACUUGCUGCUAAAUUAUAAUGCACAUGUAUGCAAUAAGUUAUCCCCUAUCUUUUCAAGAUGGCAAGAACUGACCUCCUGUAACCCAAGACCUUUGCUAUAAAUAAAUGAACUUGUGCUUGCCUUUCAUAUUACGACAAUGUUAAUUUAGUUGGUCUCAAAGUCGUGUAAUGCUGACUCGUCAACUAUCAGCACAGAAGUAACACCUCAUUUCACUAAAGUGGAGAGCUCUGAGCAUGCUUGUCAAUACUGGGGAAACAUGGCUAGGUUGCUUAUGUUUUUUUCUGACAGGUUAUAGAAACUAGUUGGAGAAUCUAAAGCACGGACUUCAUAGAUAAGAUUCUCAAACAUGCCAAAAAUGCAUUUCUCUACCCACAGAAUACAAAAGGACAUUUCUUUUACAAUACUGAAAAAAUGACAGCAAACAACCCUUAGCCUUUUUGUAAACUGGGGCUAUUGUGUCUUGACUAUCUUCUCAAACACUUGCAUGAAUUUUGUGGGGUGGAGAAGAGGACUAGGGUUAAUUUAAAAACCAUCUUGUUACUUCUGCUUUGCAUGCACUAGCAGUGCUUAGUCAUUCCAGGUCUCUGAGUAAGUGUUCUCUGAUCCUUCAGCUUCCUCAUGAAUGAGUGGCAAAGCAGCCAUGUCCACUCUCCUUUGAAAGAAGAAUGCGCUCUUUUUUUUAAUAGCAAAGCCUCCAUGUGGAGGGCUUUUAUGCUUGGGAGGGAGGGACUGCAGCUUAAUUACUUGACUGUAAGUUUGUUUCCAAACGUAAGGAGUUGCAAACCUUAAUUGCUUAAUUACCUUUGGUUUUGGAGAGUUUUGAUACUAUCUCUUGAAAGAGAUGCAAGUCUCCAUUCAUCCUGUCUAACUGAGGUGCCUGUGUUAAGAACUUGGUUGCUUGAAAUGCAGCUUUGCUCAGUGGGGGUCAAAAGACACCUCCAGAAGGCAGUUGAGACUGUCUGCCUUCAGUGAUUUUUUUUUUUUUAUUUUUUAAUUUUUUUUUCCCCCUUCUUUUUGUUUUGUUUUCAUUUCUGGGGGGUUGGGGGGGGAAAGUUCUGGGUUAUUAUGGUCCCAGACACCUUAACCAAGUGCCUAAAAGUUAGAUGGGCUGAAUGUAGGCAAUUGUUUAGAUCUCAAGUUGUUGAAAAGGCUUUUUGCUAUGGCUGUGUAUGCUGUCCUAGCAAACUGACCACAAUGAUGGGAAUGUCUGACUGCUAUUGGAAAGUGCAGCUGCCAUGCAAGACUAAAAAUGCUACUUUACAGGUAGUGUUUGAGAAUGGCUGCACAGAAUCUAGACCAGCUUUUAAAGAGAACGUACUCAAGAGACAGGCAAGAUAGGAGCAAUGGUUGCUGCUCUGAACUAAUUACUUCUGCCUGAGUGUGCAGAGAGAUCUUGUUGAGUAGGUAAAUGCUUCUUACCAUCUAUCUGUCAUUCACUCACGGUUGGUAGGGUAGUUCAUUUAAGAACAGCUGCUUUUAGCUUAUUCGGUGUGCUCUGUGCUUGCUAGUAAAGAGACCUCAUUCCUGCAAGAGGUUCUUGGCUUGAUUAGAAAUUGUCUGGCAGUGUGCAGUGUUGGUAUGCCCUGUAACUGAAUCUGCCUGGAGGUAUCUAAUUAUUAACUGACUUCAGUACCACAUCAACCUCGAGUAAAUGUAUCCUCUGUACAGGACUUCAGCUCUGUUCCCUUCUGCAUAGUGAAUAUCUAGAGAAAUGAAAUGGUGUCAUCAAGGACUUUUUUAUUUUAUUUUUCUGUGAGUGUGUGUGUGGCUUUGGCUUUUUCCAAAUGUGAAAGUGUGGGCUGGAUACACUCGGUGCAUGGCUUAGAAACAUGGGACUGGAAAGAACUUCCUGGGUCAUCAGAUCCAGUCCCCUGCUAUUGCAGGCAACCGUGUCAUAUAAUCCUUUUAAUAAACUGAUCAAGCUUAACCACCUGCUUGUAAGUGGCUUGUUUUCAUGCAAGUUCUGUAACUCAUGUUGCUCUCAACUGAUGCAAGUAAUACAUGAAAUAUGAAGUUAAUCUAAAGGUCCUCCAGCUUAGCUUUAGGUUUAUCAUUAUACUUAUUUAACUGGCUCUUUCAAACCUGUUAUUCUUUGCACAACACUCGGGCAAGUGUUGAAUCUUUACACCCCCUUGCUAUGAAUAAGAGUUGGUGUGCUUGCUUUAUUAUUUUUUUUUUUUUUAAUGGAAAAGAUGGGUGUCUGGCUUGUUGAAAUCUGUUAGAUAUGUUAAUUGUCAAGGCAAGAAACAAUUGAGUUAACUUGUAUUUGAUACAUAAAUUUAAGGCUAGAGUAUACAUAACCAUUUUUAAAAUACAUCAACUUGCAGUGUAGUUUUAUAUUUAAUACUGAAAUUGUACUGCUAAAGUUUAAACUGCUGUUAAUCAUACUCCUGAUCAUAAUGAAAAAAUAAAGGGUAAGAAAAUGCUUAACAUA